AUGCCCGCGAAAAAGCCAUCGAAAGCAGAAGCAAGAAAAGGCGGCUCCAAAGUACCGUCUCGCAAGAAGAAAGCAGUCCAAAUCCCAUCGGGAGACGGUCAGCAUACCAAAGAAGUGACUGAGGAAGAGACUACCGGAGAAGACGACAAUGAGACUCAUACAGAGCCGAGUCGUGGCCCCAAACCGGGCUCCAAGCAUCCACAAGCAGACGCCGAAACCGAACCUGGGCAAAACUCCAACUUCAGAGACAAGGCUGCAGCUCGCGGAGGUCAUAAGCGCAAAGAGCCGCCAGAUGCGGCUGCGGAAUCGAGGCCCGAUGCAAAGGCACCACGACAGGGUUCUCGAUCGUCGGCAAGACACAAGGACAAUCGUGCUUCGCCCAAACAGCUUCUAAAUUUCCUUCUGUCAGCUGCCGCGCUGCCGUACUGCUUCCCGGAAGAUGAGUUGGCGGAUGCGAAGAAAUCUACAACGUAUAAGUCGUACUCCUUGACCUCACCAACAACUCUGACGCCUUUUGAACACCUACUCUGCUCACACAUGCUCUCCAAACCCCUCUCUCACAAGCUGGGCAUGAGAAGUAUCCGCACGCUGCUCAAUGAGCCAUUCAGCUUGAAUAGCGCCGAGGCGAUCACUUCCGCAGGGAGGGAACGCGUCUGGGAAGCACUGGAGGCGGCAAGGACCCAGCAUCGGCAGAAGACGGCAACCUACAUCUUCGCCACGGCACAGUCGUACAGUGACUCCGAGACCAUGUCCCAGCUAGCGGAUGCGGCGAACAGGAAGGGACCUCAUGCUGUGAUUGAGCAUAUUAAGAGCACCGUAGCAGGGCUGGGCGUGACAGGAGCCGGUAUAUUCUGCCGGAGAAUACAGUGCGUGGACGGGUGGGGUGAUGCUCUGUGGCCAUACGCGGAUGGGAAGUCCAUCGACGCCUUGAAUGACAUAGGUAUCCCUGUCGAGCACGCUGACGACCUGCAAACCGCGAUUGACCGGGAGGUGGAUUGGGAUACCGUCGGGGAUAUAGGCGUCCAAGAGCGGGGCCGGAGUAAGUCGGAGCGUGCUGGCGAGGAACAAACGCGGGUGCGAGCGGCAUUAGUUAUCGCUCUAGAGAGAGCUGUGGGUUGCGUGCUAGAAGGGAACGUCCAAGAACUGAGGCAGGCAGCUGCAAAUGCCGAGGAAAGAUGA